AUGAAGCCACUUCCCUUCCCUCUUGCCCUGAAUAUCGGGACGGAUAUCGUUCAUCUCCCGCGAAUCACGCGCCUCGUCCAUCGCGGAGACUACCUGGCCCGCUUCACACGGCGCAUUCUCACUGAGCCUGAACAACACGACUUUCGCACCCGGUUUGCCCUCCCACCACCGUCUUUCCGCGCGGUUGACCAGCGAAACCCCCCAGAUCGACCUCCAUUUCAGAUUACCUCCGAGAUGGCCCGCUGGCUCGCCGGUCGCUUCGCUGCCAAGGAAGCCGCGCGCAAGGCCGCGCCGAAUGGGGCGUCGAGUCUGGGGUGGAAAGAUGUGAUGGUACGGGUGGGCGACACGGACCGUGGACGGCCAGAGAUUGUCUAUUUGGACGGGGAGACGGCCAGGAUCGGGAAGCUGUCCAUCUCGCAUGAUGGGGAGUACGUUGUCGCGAUGGUUCUUGCGGCUGGCUGA